AUGCACUUUUCUAUCACCGCUACUUUCUCUGCUCUUGCGUUCUUGGCCUCUGCCGUUCAAGUAUCGCAUACAAUUACUUUGAGGAACAAUUGCGGUUGGGCGUUGGCUUGCGCGUCGAUAACUACAGCGGGUCACCUUACACUGGAGCAGCACGUGUUGACGUUCCAGCAAAAUCAUCAAAGAGUGUUGUUUGUGCCAGAUGGCUGGGACGGGCGUGUCUGCGAUGUCACCGCUUCUGGAUCUUGCGCCAACAAUUGCUAUGGAGCAUGCUCUAUGGCCGAGUUUAACAUGAACUCUGGUGGUCUCAACUGGUACGACAUAUCCAACAUCCUAGCUUACACCGUGCCCCAAAAGAUCAGCAGCAGCUGCGAUUCUGUGACUUGCACGUCGGCUGGUUGCCCUUGCAACCAGGCUUACCGCCCUGGCGACAAAACUGGCACUUGCGGAGGCACCGGACCCCUAGACCAAGCUGUUAGAGCUUGUGGUGGUAAUGAUUUUACUAUCACUUAUUGCCCGUAA